AUGGCCAUGACGGUGGCCGCGGCGGGCCCUUCGCCAUCACCCGGCCCGUCGUCGUCGUCGCCGUCGCCGUCGACGUCGGCGGCCGCUACCGGGGCUCCCGCCGCCACCACCACCGCCACCGCCACCAACCCCAGCGCCACCAACGCCAGCGCCUCGUCACCAUCGCCCCCAUCGCCACCAUCCAUACCCCCGCCGCAGCACCAGCCAUCGACGCCGCCACCACCGCCUUCGGCAUCGGAACCAGCGAUACCACCGCCAGCACCUUCCUCCCCGCCAACGCCAUCCAACGCUGGCCCCGCAUCCUCGGCACCACCCCGACCGCCCUCAUCAUCGCACACGGUGGCUGCGGCUCGACCUCCACCGCCACCGCCACCGCCUGCUUCUGCGUCCCUGCCACCCGCGAUCUCGUCGUCGUCCUCGGACCCACACGCGCCCGCCCCUGCCACCCCAUCGGCCACCUCUUCGGCCGCUCGUCCCGAAGCCGUCAGCGCGAGCCUCAGUAGUCGGGCAAAGCAGCUCCCCACGCCUUACCGCGCACCCAAGCCGCCAGCCUCCGCCGCCGACGACUCGUUUUCAACCGCCUAUCCCGACCCUCCGUCGCACGCUCCGCGCCCCUCGGCAGCGUCAAGCUCGUCGCCGUCCAAAAAGCGGCCCCUCUCCUCGCCUGCCUCCGCCGCCCUCGACGAUGCAGCGCGGAAGCGGUUUAAGACCGAUGCCGGCGGCACGCUGACGGCCAGAGGAGUCGGAGGGGUCGGCCUCUCUCAGCUCUUCGGGACCGCCUCCGGUCGGACCAGCUCCCACUUCACCGUCACGGGCAUCCCGCGAUCCGGCAGCGCCCUCUCCGAGCAGGCCAGGACCGCCAGCGCCAGCAGCCUCCGGCCUCGCAUCGCCGGUACAGAGAUAGCGCAGCAGCUCAAGGACGAGUUCCUCUCCCUGCUCGACAAGGGCGAGCUGAUCGACCUCGUCAAGGACCUCGAGGCCCAGCUGUUGCAGUCCUCGCCGGCGGUCACCGAGGCCUCGGGCGCCCCGCUCCUCUAUCGGCAACCUCGCAUUUACCCGCAGGAUUUCCGCGCGCAGGCAGCCGCCAAGGCUGCUGCAUCCGCGCUCACCUCGCGCAAGACGCCGCUGUCGCAGUCGUCGGCGGCCGCCUCGCCACUUGCUGGUCCCAACCGCCUGGCCAAGCCGAGCGCGACAGCGGCUGCGACCCGGCCAUCCAACGCCGAUUCCGCCAGGCCUAUCGCAGGGCUGCCGCUGUCGUCCAGGGCCGGAGUCACUGCGGCCACGCCGAGGAGCGUCGGCACCAGUGCCAAUGGCAAGGCCAGCGACAGCUCGCUUGAGAGCCUGCUCAGCUCCAUCAACGCCAUCGUGCGUCCUGGAUCUGCGUCGGCCAGACCGAGCUCGGGCGCAGCCACGAGCACCGGGACCGCCGCCGCUUCCGCAAGCAGCAAUGUGAAGAGCGGCGCUCCCGUCUCGCAGGCAACUUUGCGGAGCAUCCUCGGCGACGGUCCGAUGCCGUCGCAAGCCUCGCUUGCCGCAGCGCUUGCGGCCCACUUUGGCGGCACCGGCGUACCCAAGGCUUCGGCCGCCCCGGGGGAGCACCCCCGUGCCGUCUGCGUCGAGCCGGGCAAGUGCGACGACGCCGACACCGGUGUCGGCGGCGCCGGCGACGGCAUCGACCUCGAGAAGGAGAAGGCGUCUGCGCGAAGCAAUGCUUCGAACGCGCCGCCGCCGGCGAUUGCGACUGCGCCCACCUCGGCACAGGCGGCGGCUGCCAGAGCGAUGCUGGCCAAUCGACCCGCCGUGUCAUCAGCUCUGCCCUCGUCCGCGGCUGCGGCCCUGUCGCGGCCGACAGCCUCAGCGGCGCCACGGACCUCGGCUGCGCCAGCCCAGGAUCCCAUUGCGAUCCUGACGGGCGCCAGCGCAAACCCGCUGUUCACGACUACGCCGGGCGUCACCACCACCGUGACGGGACUGGGCGAUCUGACGCGGCUCCUCUCGUCGAGCCCGUCGGCCGACCUGGGCCUGGGUCAGGGCGGCGCGCAGUCGCCGUCAUCGCCCGACUCUGGGCCCGUCAUUGUGCAGGGCCCCAAGGGCACCAGCGCGCUGCCUUCGUACGAGGACAUGAUCAUCGAGGGCCUGCGCGUGGGCAAGGACCAUCCGAUGGUCACGUCCGGCCCCAAUGGAGAGAUGCUGGCGGUCAAUGCGCUGAACAACAGCCAGGCCUACCGCAACGCACUCGAACUGCGGAACAAGGACGCCGCCAAGGCGCCCAAACCCGGGCCGCGGCCCUACGGCCAGCCCGGGUCGGAGCCGCUGCCCAACCCUGCGAACAGCAUCUUCCAGACGGGCUCGGUCGCCUCGCUGCUGUUCCAGUACCAGAAGCUGACGGGCAAGACCCUCGACGCCGAGACCGUCAAGCAGCUGGUGCAGCAGACGCGCGCGACGCCCGGCAGCAGCGCCAUGGGCCAGGCGCUGGCCUCGCUCCUCAACCGCUCCAGUGCCACCGAGGCCGGCGGCGCUGGUGCCCCCGCCUCUGCCUCGCUGCCGUCGUCGCGGCUGCCGACCGUCUCUUCCGCUUAUCCGACGUCGGCUUCCCACGAUGGCCUCGGCGGCGGCCAACAGGCCGGCGGCGAUGCCUUCGUCGACGAGCUCACGGCCGCCUCUGCCAUCGGCAGCGCCCGGCGCGGUGGCAGCGUCGACUCCGGCUACAUCCGUCGCCUCGUCCAGAGGACCUGCGGUCUCCGUACCCUGGACGACAACGCCGACGACGACGGCGCCGACAAUCACUGCGACGACGCCGAGAGCGCCUGCCGUCUCUGCCCCAGCCGUUCCCGCUGCGUCGGCCAACAAGGCGCCGGUCGCGAAGCCUGCUGCGGCUGCAAAGGCGCCCGCCUCGACGGCGGCAGCCGCGAAAACGGCGACGGCACCAGCCACCGCUGCAGCUCCGACCGCGCCACGGCCACCAGCAAAGGCGCCCACGACUUCGGUCCCGGUCUCGUCGGCCGCCCUGCGGCUACGCCCGUUGUCACGAGCAAGCCCGCCGAGACUGCUCCGGUUCCAGCAGCCUCCGCUGCCGCCAAGCCUGCCAAGCCCGCUGCGAAGCCCGCUGCGACCGCGGCUGCUCCAAAGGCGGCAGCAGCGUCCAAGGCGCCCACCACACCGGCAAAGUCGACCAAGGCGCCCGCCGCCAGCACCGCCGCCGCCAAGAAGGCCGCCAAUGCCAAGUCAUCGGCCAAGGGCAAGGCUGCUGCUCCGGCCAAACCCGCCGCGCCUCCUGCUCCUGCGGGUCCGACCAUCAUGCAGCAGCUGGCGGCCAUGCUCAACGAGAUGAACGUCCCGCUGAGUGCCGCGCUGGCCAACAGCCUAGUCGGGCAGCUGAGCCAGCUGGAACGCAGCGGCACGCUGCCGACGGCAGAGGCCCUGGCGCCUCUUGUCACGGCAGCCGCCGCAUCGGCCAGUCACGUCCACUCCCGCACCGCGACGCCCCGCGCGGGCACCCCGACGGGCACCGCCUCGCCCUACCGCGGUGGCACGCCCGCGCGCACCAUGCCUCCGCCGCCUUCGGGCGAUCUGGACAGCGCCGUGUCCGAAACGCUCGCAGCCGCGCUGCAGCAGGUCAACAGCGGCGAUUUGGCGGCCGCAGAGCUGGCCCAGGCCCUGGCUCCUGCGGCGACGCUCGGCGAAGCCACUCCUGCAGCUCCUGCUGUGGCAUCGGCCCCAGCCACCCCGUCGUCCAUCGAGACGCCGUCCGCGCCUGCGCCUGCCGAUGUGGCGCCCGUCGCCGUCACUGCGACAUUGCAGGACAAGGGCAAGGCCCCUGCCGCGCCGGAGCCGACGACCGAGGCUCAGCCGAGUGCGGACAAGCCGGUCGCAGACGCCGCCGAGGCCGAGGUCGAGGGCAUCAACCUGGCCGACUACGAGGACGCGAUCCGCGCGCUCACGGCCGCUCUCGACGGUGGAGCCCACGAUGACGACGACGACGACGACGACGACGACGACGACGACGACGACGACGACGACGACGACGACGACGACGACGACGACGACGACGACGAGGAAGAGUCAGACGAGGAGGCCGACGAGCGUGCUAUUGCCGCUGCCGAGGCCGAUCCGGUCGAGGGCGAAGGCGACGGUGCCGCUGGCGACGACGACCAGGCGGAGCGUGACCGCCCUGCGCCGAUGUCGUCUCGUGCUUCGGCGGCGGCAGGUCAAGACUUCGAGAGCCUGCUCCAGUCGCUCAAUGCCCAGCUCAACGGCGGCGAUGCGGGCAGCACGGGUGCGACGACGUCGGCAAUGGAAGCCGCCACGUCCGACGCCCGGCAGGUCACCGUCGACGGCGACGCUGGAUCCGGCGAGGACGACGAUUCAGCAGACGACGACGACGACGACGACGACGACGAUGGCGCGGCGGCGGGCGAGAUGGACCUGUCUGCCAUAAUCAGUCAGCUGUCGGCGUCGCUGCAGGGCACAUAUGGCGAAGACACGGCGGCCUCGGCCACGGCUACGGAGCUGGGCGCGCCGUCGGGCUCGGGCGAGUCGAUGGCGCAGAAGGAGGCGUUGCAGUCGGAAGCCUCGCAGCAGGCGCAAGCACCGGCGGAGCCGGUUGCGGCUCCGCAGGCCGAAGCUGGCUCGGACGCCAUGGAUCUGUCGAGCGAUGCCUGGGCCGGCGGCGGCGUCGACGGGCGUCAGCCGCUGGAGACGCAGCGAGACGGCGAGGACGGCGACGUCACCAUGACUGCCGCGAUGGACGUCGAUCUCGGCCCUCCGUCGUCGUCGUCGCAAGCGGCGGGACGACCUUCUGCCCCCGCGACCGAAGCCGAGCGACCUUCGACGAGCAGCGAGCAGGAGAGGCCAGACGCCGCCGCCUCCUCAGCUGCAGCAUCGAGCACCAGAGAAGCGGACCUACCAGCAGCGGCGGCGACGGCGGGCGGCGACGACGAGGGCGAUAUCCAAGCCCAGCUCGAGGCCCUCGUCGCCAGCCUCACUGCCAACGCCGGUGGCGACGACGACGACGACGACGAUGAUGAUGACGAUGAUGACGACGAAGAGGGGGAGGAAGGGGGUGGUGCAGGGUAG